AUGCACCUCGGCAGAGGCUGGACCGGCUUCGAGCUCGACGAAAAGAUCCCCGUCGAUGUGAUCCGCCUUCGUGUGAAGACCGACCGCCGUGACGAGAUCCUGGACCUCAAUCCAGAAGCGAUCCAGCACGAGCUCAGUGAUCUGCUCCCGGACACGGACUACGAGUUCCACCUGCGGCUUGAGAGCCAAGCCGGUGCAGGCGGCAGCGUCUCCUGCUCCUGCCGGACCAAUGCGCGCUGCUCCGCGCCUCUGGGGCUCUCGAGCGCCGGGGCCUCCACGACCUACGUGGACUUGCAGUGGAAGCCGCCUCAGGCCCUCGGCGCCAAGGGCCCCCGAUUGCAUCACUGUCAUACCGGUGGCAGCCCGGAGCUCGGACUCGGCUCCGUCACGCCCCCAAGCGCGAGCCGCUCCAAGCCGAGGUUGCAGUGCGAAGAACGGGAUGCAAAGAGCCUCAAACGGAGAGCUAAGAGCCUCCAAGGCUACGAAGCGCAGCUCUCUGUCGCAGAGGAGGCGAGCGACAAGAGGAGCCGGAGUCUGUCAAAGAGCUCGGAUCCCAAGAACGGAGCUUCCGUCUCUCGUCAUUCCUCGGCAGUGGUCGACUUGCCGGUGAGCAGAACCGACCUCUGUAGGCGCUGUCGCUGGGAGAUGGGGGGCUCGAACCUGCGCUCCCAGUCCUCCGAGCACCUCACGGGCCGCCUGGGCGGACUGCGCCCAGACACCCUCUACUCGCUGGAGAUGUUCUGUGCCGUGAACUCCAUGGGUGCCGGCACAGCAGCGAGAGAGCUACAAUUCUGGACCAUGCCUCUGAACCCAAUCAUCGAUAGCCGAGCCCUUAGGCCCGCAGAGUAG